CCACUUUUUGACAUUCCGCGCGUUUCUCCCCAUCUUCUUUGCCUCUGCUGCGACAAAGUUCGUCGUUCGGGCCCGCAGCGCAGCAGCUUCGCAAAACAAAAGAAGUUCGCUCCCGGAAAAGAAUCCAUUCGUCAUCGUCGGAUAAAUACGAUCUCCUACUUCGGCAGCCCAAAAUGGACGUGGACGAGGAAGAGUUCGAGCAGCCCACUUCCAGCAGCAGCCGCGGCGAGCGGAAGCGGUUCGAGGUGAAGAAGUGGAACGCCGUCGCACUUUGGGCCUGGGACAUUGUGGUGGACAACUGCGCCAUCUGCCGGAACCACAUCAUGGACCUGUGCAUCGAGUGCCAGGCGAACCAGGCAUCGGCCACCUCGGAGGAGUGCACCGUGGCCUGGGGCGUCUGCAACCACGCAUUCCACUUCCACUGCAUCUCGCGGUGGCUCAAGACCCGGCAGGUGUGCCCGCUGGACAACAGGGAGUGGGAGUUCCAGAAGUACGGACAUUAAGCUGAGGCGCCCCCGGAAUCUGUUUACUAACUUAUGGAUCUUAACGGAAAACACCUUAAAUUGGCAGAGCUGGGGAAAAUUACAUUCAAAACUUUAGCUUGAAUAACUAUUUGAACCGGGUUGGUACGUCUUCUUUCGUGGAAUUUCUAAAGUUACAUUUUUGGAUGCAAUUUUCUCUAGUAUUGCUCUUGCUUGGCUUUGUAAAAGAAACAAAUUUUCAAAUGAAAAUGAUACGAACGAAAAGGAGAUUCAAAAUAAAAUUGCUAGCCUUAAACAGCUCUGAAAGUAAA